AUGGGUAUCGACUUGGACCGUCACCAUGUGCGCAGCACGCACCGCAAGGCUCCCAAGAGCGACAACGUCUACUUGCAGGUGCUCGUGAAGCUUUACCGCUUCCUGGCUCGCCGCACGGAUUCCAACUUCAACAAGGCUGUUCUCCGCCGUCUCUUCAUGUCGCGCAUCAACCGUCCCCCGGUUUCGAUUUCCCGUAUUGCCUCGAACAUCAACGAGGCGCACAAGGGCAAGACCGUCGUUGUGAUCGGUACCGUCACCGAUGACAACCGCCUCCUGACCAUCCCUAAGCUCUCGGUCGCUGCUCUGCGCGUCACCGCCACUGCUCGCGCUCGCAUUGAGAAGGCCGGUGGUGAGAUCCUCACUCUGGACCAGCUUGCCCUCCGUGCCCCCACCGGUGCCAACACCCUCCUCCUCCGCGGCCCCAAGAACGCCCGUGAGGCUGUGAAGCACUUCGGCUUCGGUCCUCACUCUCACAAGAAGCCCUACGUCGCUAGCAAGGGCCGGAAGUUCGAGCGGGCUCGUGGCCGGAGACGCUCCAAGGGUUUCAAGGUCUAA